CUGCUGAGUACCAUGGCUAUCAAGGACAAGCCAAUUACAUCGAAGAAUCCCCAGGCCAACGCGAUCUGUGAGCGCGUUCAUCUCGAGAUCAUGAAUAUCUUGCGAGCCCGACCGGAUUUGCACGGCCAACUCGAAGUCGCUCUUGAUUAUGCAGCGUACGCAAUUCGGACUAGCUACCAUUCGAUUCUCCGGGCUUCGCCGGCUCAGCUACUCUUCGGUGAGGACAUGAUCACGAGGCAAUUGCAUUUUGCCAAUUGGAGCUUUUUGUCAAAGCAAAGGUUUGCAGCUAUCCUGCAGGACAACGAGCGCGUGAACAUGAAGCGGCUCGAGUAUUUCUACUGCGUGGGAGAUCACGUCAUGCUUCGUAUUCCAGCGCGCGAGCGCAAGAAGACGGACCCGGUUGCAAAAGGACCAUUCAUCGUGAAGGAAGUGUUCAACAAUGGCACUGUCCUACUGGACACCGGAACGACGGAGUAUCGAGCGAACAUCCGCCGCAUUUUCCCG